UUGCCCUUGACCGCCACCAACAACGGAAAGUAGCAGUGAAUUUUCCCUCCUCUAGAUAUUGACUUUCCGUUCCCCUUCAAAACCAAAACGCUCCCCGAAAAUUCUUUUUAUCUUCCCAUUUUUAUCGAGAAAAUAUGGAGAACUCAACCCAGGAAUCUCACCUCCGAUCGGAUACUUCCAUCACCUAUGAAUCUCCAUACCCUCUUUACGCCAUGGCCUUCUCCUCCUCCCCUUCCCCUCACCACAAUCACCAUCGUAUCGCCGUCGGCAGCUUCAUUGAAGACUACAACAACCGUAUCGACAUUCUUUCCUUCGACCUGGAGACCCUCUCCUUCAAGACUCACCCUACUAUUUCCCUCGACCACCCUUACCCACCCACCAAGCUCAUGUUCCAUCCUGCCGCUCCUUCCUCUCUACGCAAGUCCUCCGAUCUCCUUGCCUCCUCCGGCGACUUUCUUCGCCUCUGGGAAGUCCGUGAAAAUUCCGUUGAACCCGUUUCCGUCCUCAAUAACAGCAAGACGAGCGAAUUUUGUGCUCCGUUGACGUCUUUUGAUUGGAACGAAAUCGAGCCAAAGAGAAUUGGGACUUGCAGUAUCGAUACAACGUGUACUAUUUGGGAUAUUGAAAAGGGUGCUGUUGAAACCCAGCUAAUUGCUCAUGAUAAGGAGGUUCACGACAUUGCCUGGGGCGAAGCAAGGGUUUUUGCUUCGGUUUCUGCAGAUGGGUCGGUGAGAAUUUUCGACUUGAGGGAUAAGGAACACUCCACCAUCAUCUACGAGAGUCCCCAGCCUGAUACGCCUUUGCUCAGAUUGGCAUGGAAUAAGCAGGAUUUGAGGUAUAUGGCUACUAUUUUGAUGGAUAGUAACAAAGUUGUGAUUCUUGAUAUUAGAUCACCAGCCAUGCCUGUAGCAGAACUGGAAAGGCAUAGAGCCUGUGUUAAUGCCAUUGCUUGGGCUCCGCAGAGCUCUAGGCACAUUUGCUCUGCUGGAGAUGAUGCACAGGCCCUAAUUUGGGACUUGCCUACUGUGGCUGGGCCUAAUGGGAUUGAUCCCAUGUCUAUGUACUCUACUACUGCUGAAAUCAACCAGCUCCAAUGGUCGGCUGCCCAGCCUGAUUGGAUUGGAAUUGCAUUUUCAAGUAAAAUGCAGCUUUUGAAAGUCUGAAUUCUUCUGACUAGUGUAUUAGCUUUGGUGUUAAUUGUAGUAUUGAAACUGUAGUGUUGUUCUGAUUAGACAUUGCCUUGCUUUGGCUGCAUGUAGAUUCAUUCGUCUUGGCCUAACGCUUUAAAUUUUACUUGUAUUACUGUUUCUGGUGUUUGAAUUAAAGCUGUUGUGUAGUUUUUAAGCUAGUUGAUGAAGCUUGUUCUGCAA